AUGCUGCUGAUCUGCCUCGCUGUGCUCGGCCUCACUGGCAGCUCUCUGUCUGCUGCUAUCCCACCACCAGACGCUACAGUAUCCAGAAACAAGCUGCUGCUCGUCUCCUUCGAUGGUUUCCGCUGGGACUAUGACCAAGACGUGGACACCCCGAAAUUGGAUAAGAUGGCCUGGGACGGGGUGAGGGCGGAAUACGUCACCCCACCCUUCCUCACCAUCACCAGCCCAGCACACUUCACCCUGCUUACAGGACGUUAUGUUGAGAAUCAUGGAGUAAUCCACAACAUGUGGUUCAACACUACCACUCAGGAGAAGAAGCAGUACUACCAAACUCAGUUUGUUGAUUCCUACUGGGACAACGGCAGCUUACCCAUCUGGAUAACCGCACAGAGACAGGGUCUAAAAGCAGGUUCUCUGCAUUUCCCUGGAACAGCAGGCACCUACAGAGGGGAGACUGUGAGGGUUAGUCAAGUGGAACCUUUUCUAUGAUCCUAUGAUCAUUCAAAUGAGACCGAUUGGAGGCUGAACAUUGACAAGGUGAUUGGAGAAUGGUUCCACCAACAGGAUCUGGACUUUGUCUCCUUGUACUUCGGAGAACCAGAUUUGAUUGGGCACGAAUUUGGACCAGAUUCCCCAGAACGCCGUGAGAUGAUCCAGCAAGUAGACCGUACAGUGGGCUACAUCCGGGACAAGGUCCAAGAACAUGGCCUUACUGAACGGCUCAACAUUAUCAUCACUGCCGACCACGGGAUGACGACAAUUCUACGGGAUGGACAAGUUAAUAAGAUUAUCCUCUCUAAAAUCCCUGGCUUCAGUUUCAAGGAUAUCCAGUUCCAACUGUUGGAUUAUGGUCCUCUUGGGAUGCUGCUUCCUAAAGAGGGGAUGCUGGAGAAGGUCUACAAGGCUCUGAAAGGAAGUCACCCUCACCUUCAUGUGUAUAAAAAGGAGGAGAUGCCAGCUAGACUGCACUACGGUAACCAUCCUCGACUUCUGCCGAUCAUUCUCGUCGCUGACCCUGGAUACGUUGUCAAUGGGUUUUUACCUCUGCACUACGUCAAAGGAGACCACGGCUUUGAUAAUGAAGCCAUGGAAAUGAAAGCCUUGUUCAGGGUGGUGGGGCCUGACUUUCAGAAAAACAGGGUGGUAGAUCCCAUCGACCUGGUUGACGUGUACGCUCUGAUGUGCCAUCUACUGGGGAUAAACCCGGAGAUCAAUGAUGGACACCUGGACAAUACCAAACACAUGCUGGUUAACACAGGAGGAGACAACAACA